ACACAUUUAAAAGAACGCUGGGGUUCGCCACGCGUAAAACGGUAGGACUCGAGUAGUCACAGCGGAGAGUUACCCCUCGCCUCUUUCAGGUGAUGCUUUGAGGUAGACAAGGAGUUACACUCUAGGGGGAGGUUGGGCCAGGACUGGAGAAGACGAAAUUCAAAUGCCAGUCAGUGACCAAUCUCGCAGGUUCUCCAAAUAAAAGCAACAUUCUUCGGACUGGGAAGAGAAAACUUCGGCUGAGAUGGAUAUUACCCCACCCAAUUUAUGUUAAAGGAAAAGCGAUACCACCGCGCAGGAGAGAAAAACGAUGGAGCAGCCUUUACUUGUUGACGAACGGCCUGCUUCUUUCCUACUUGGCUUUCAGGACCCCAAGAGAAGGGGGGGCUAAAAAGAGGGAAACCUCCCUUCGGGAAGCUAUUGGAAAAUCUGGAUUGCGAAAAAACUCCCCCCGGAUAGUGGCAGGAUUUGCUUCUGCUCUAAUGCUCCUACGCUCCGGGUUUUGCCCGAGGAGCAGGGCGCCGUAACAGGGGGGCCAGCAGAGGAAAGGAGGACACGCCAGGGCUUAAGAAAAAGCAGUUAAAGCCGAAGGUAACGUCGUCCUCGGUAGUAGUGUGAACAAGGCAGAUAUUACUACAAUGAAACUCAAUGAACGUAGCGUGGUACAUUACGCCAGAUGUGACUCGCCAGCCGAUCAUACUGGCUUUCUGUGCAAGCGUAUGGAGCGCCAUCACCACAACCAUCAUGUCCCCUCUUACCAGCGCCGCUGGUUCAUUCUCAAGGGCAACUUGCUGUUCUACUUUGAAGAGCGGGAGAGCUGUGACCCCCUGGGUCUCAUUGUGUUAGAGGGCUGCACUGUGGAACUAUGCGAGGCUGCUGAGGAAUUUGCUUUUGCCAUCCGCUUCGAUAGCAGUGGUGGCAAAUCUUAUGUGUUGGUUGCAGACUGCCAAGUUGCCAUGGAGGCUUGGGUGAAGGCACUUUCACGGGCCAGCUUUGAUUAUAUGAGGCUAGUAGUCAAGGAACUAGAGAAGCAGCUCGAAGAGGCUCAGAGGAGCUUAGCUGCUAGCCAUAAAUCACCAAAGAAACUGUCUUCUGGCCGCAAAAGGCAUUUAUCAAAUCCCAUGAUGAUAUCCAUUCAAGAGCAUCCUGUCAUCUUGGAGAACGGUUACUCCACAUGGGACAAUAGUUGCACUCUUGCAGAAAUGGCAUGUUCUGAUCUCAGUGGAGGACUUCUGAAGCCCCCACCUUUACCUCCUCGUAGAAAACUGACAGGCAAUGCUAUAGGUGGAACAUUUUUGGCUGGGUCUGCCUCUGCCACACAGGAAAGUCCAGUAUCUCCAGAGACUACCUGCUUCUCAAAGUUGCAUAAUUGGUACGGUCAGGAAAUUGCAGAGGUGAGAAGAGAAUGGAUGGAAAGAAAGAAGACAGUAGAAAUAGGAACACAUUGAAGAAAAUACAUUUUGCAGGACUGAGAGAAAUGGACAUUAGGUUUCUACAGGCCUCUCGAAUCCCUUAUAGAAUCAUAUGGCUGGAAAGGAUUUUGGGGGUCUUUUAGUCCAACAUUCUGCCCAAGGCAGAGUCCUUAUUUUACUUGCAGGUUUUACUCCUAGUUUAUAAAAUGUAAGAAACACCAUUAUUGCAUCAUCCAGACUAGAUGAUUAAUUAAAGUCUGCUUUCUAUUUAUUGCCACUACACCUUAUUGCCAGGAAUUUUAAAACCACCAUAUUCUUAAUUAUGCACCAUUCAGAAUUCAAGAAGUUAUUUCUAAGAAAUCUCUGUAUUAGCUCAAAAAAGAGCGUUCCAGACCUUUAUUUCAGAAAGUCUACUUCUCGAUGCAAGAGAAGAAUCCAUGUGUCAUUUCCUCCUUUUUGCUCCAUGUAAUACUAUUAAUUGUACUUCAUCUGCAUAUUGUAGCUAUUUUGAUAGAUGCUGGAACAGUAUAGUAGUGAGUUGCCUUAACUAAUCAUUAGAAAAAACAGAUCAUACAAUUUAUACAUUAUAUUUUAAUGAUAGGCAUUUCAUAUACUUUAGAUUUUCAUUCAGAUGAGGACAAAGCUGUGAAAAGUUGCUUCCCUAAGACCAUCUCAAGAAUUUGUAGUCAAUAUAUAU